AUGUCGUGGAAAGCGCGUGAAAAGCGUGUGGAAAGGAUUUUCCCAUUCCGGAAGUGUUGGUGGAUUGGCAGCCUGUUGCUGUUGGGAACGGUGCGAGGCCCAACACCGACCGAAGGGAAAGCGACGGUGGAGCAGAUGAUGAAGUCGGGUGAAAUGAUACGGUCGGUUUGCUUGGGCAAGACGAAAGUUUCCGAGGAGCUAGCGAACGGAUUGCGCGAGUCCAAGUUCGUGGACGUUAAGGAGCUUAAGUGUUACGUGAACUGCGUGAUGGAAAUGAUGCAAACGAUGAAGAAAGGGAAGCUUAACUAUGACGCUUCGGUGAAGCAGAUCGACACAAUCAUGCCGGACGAGCUGGCGGGACCGAUGCGGGCGGCGCUUGACAUCUGUCGGAAUGUGGCCGAUGGUAUCAAGAACAAUUGCGAUGCAGCAUACGCGAUGCUCCAGUGCCUUUCGAAGAACAAUCCUAAAUUUAUCUUCCCCUGA